AUGGUAUCCGUCGGCCGCGACACAGAGUACGGCGUACACGACACGUUCCGACAGGGGUUCCGCAGCGUGCGCAGCGAGAUUGUGCCGCAGCAUCCGUUGGAGAAUAUUGCUAAGAAUUGGAAGGAAACCCACGACCAGCUCCAAAUGACAACACACCGCCAAACCUUCGGUCUGCACGCCCCGCUGCGUUUGCAGAUGGAGAAGGCUAUUGUCAGCCAGAUCCGAAGGAUACCAGUCCUCCCCACGCGCAACCUCGGUCUGGACAUCCUAGAAGGUCGGGACUCGACUAUCGAUUAUGAGGAUUUCUUGGGUGACCCGUCGAUGCCGACUGCGUUGAUGGACCCUCAUGUGGCGAUGGAGCAUGCUUUGGGGAUGGGGUCUGUUUGA